UCUGCCCCUGGACACACCCCUAUGACAAAGUAUUUGAGGAUUUACUAAUGGAAAUCAAGGCGGAUAGGUCUGCUACAGUACGUAGGAUAGUAUCUGGCUCCUUCCCUGUCCUGCUAUAGGUGGAGACGAAGUCGAUAGACGAAUCGACAUACUGGAGGACAGACAAACAUCCGAACAGAGAAACAGUGACACAUAAAGGCAGACGGACAUACGGACAGACCGAACCACCCUGCACACCGAUAGACUGACACAUCUUCACAAUUCACUGACCGACUGAAGACAGACAGGCCUCACUAGUGUCAUGUCUCCUGCUGAGAGGCUGAGUGUGCUCCUCUUCCUAGCUGGGUUCUUCGGGGGCUUGGGGGCCCUGUCCCUGAUGCUCUCCUUUGGGACAGACUACUGGCUGCUGGCCUUGGAGACCUGUGGUCCUGGGGGGGCAUCAGAGACCUGGGAGGCUGGGGCCCUCAGACCUGGGGAGAUGGAGGAUCAGGACACUGUGACAUUCUUCCACCAGGGAUUCUUCUGGAGGUGCUCCUUCAGUGGGAGGAGAGAGGAGAACAUGAUGUGGCAAUUCUGGAUCACCAAUCAACCACACCAAAAGGUCUGUGUGCCUGCCUACCUCUUCCCAUUUUAUGCUUCUGAGCAAAGCACGGAUUACCAGGCACCUGACACUGCAGUCUACAGGGCCUUCUGGAGCAUCUUCCUUCUAGUGGGCAUGGUCACUCUUAUGAUUGGUGUGUUUGUCAUCAUCUGUGCCUCUCCAUUGGCCAGCCACAGGCUCUACAAAGUAGGCGGGGCACUCUUGCUCACUGGAGGUCUAUGUCUCCUGGUUGUAAUAAUGAUGUAUGUAGUCUGGACCCAGGUACUGGACACUCUGGAGGACUACGCUGCCCAGCAACACCACUCCUCUCAGUGUCCAACAGUCUACCACCUCAGCAUCCAAUACGGGCCUCGUCCUUCCUGUUUGCUCCCGUCUCCGUCUUCUUCUCCCUGCUGGCAGCACUGCUCUUCAUCCUGAUUGGACGAACAGUGCGGAGGUGCCAUCACAAAGUGCCAAUGUAGUGACUGAGGGGGGAAACAGCCAGAGAGGAAGUUGGGAAUGAACAGUGACUCCAGUGCCACAAAGGCCCAGACCUGCAUGUUCAGUCUAUAACAAGAGCCAGUAGUGACUGACACCAUGGUCAAGUCUUUGGCUCUCACAGAGUAAUACAGAUGGACCAUAUUAAAUACAUUUGGAAUAAUCACUGUGAUUAGCUUUGAAUAAAAAGGCUACAGUCUCUUGGGAGUUGUGACUACAUUUAAUUCCACUGAUUAUUUGCAACCAGUUCUGGACUCUAUCAGACAGUCCAGUCAUGGAGGGUAAUGAAUUAGAUUGUCCAUUAUCUAUUGGGAUAAUCAUGACGGACGGGACAGCGGGUUCCUAAUCAACUGCAACACAUCUGAAUGGAAAUACAGCUGGGUUCCACUACCACCACUAGAGAGCAGUGCUGCUUUAACAGUAGUAAAGUAGGAGAAAUACAACACUGUUUACAGUAUUCCUAACCCAAAUACUUCAAGCCAUCUCAGAGAGCUUCUAUAGUUUCGAUGGGAACAGGCGUAUCCAGCCAACGUGAAGUUGCAUCAUUCAUAUGUCAU